GAGGCCCGGCGGCGUGCGUCUGCGCAGUACGGAGCUUAGGGCUCUGAUAGGGCGGCGUGCGUGCGUGCUCCCGUGCGUCCCCGCUUGCGUCCCGUUUAGUCCGGUUCCGGUCCUGUGGUCCCGGUACAGAAGUGCUGCGGAACGGGAGGCGGGCUCGUGGCUGCGGGAGGAGAGGCGAGAAAACUCCAUUUGCAAUACAUUACUAGAAGUUGGGUUUUUAAAAACAUGGUCAGAGAAACGAAAUACGAACCUGGUCUUUAAAAAUACAGCGUAAAAAUGGCUUCAAAAAGGGCGCUGGUCAUCCUGGCCAAAGGAGCAGAGGAGAUGGAGACGGUCAUCCCCGUGGAUGUCAUGCGGCGGGCUGGCAUUAAGGUCACUGUUGCGGGUUUGGCCGGAAAGGACCCGGUACAGUGCAGCCGAGAUGUUGUCAUCUGUCCUGAUGCCAGCCUGGACGACGCCAGGAAAGAGGGACCUUACGAUGUAGUGGUUCUGCCGGGAGGUAAUCUGGGCGCACAGAAUUUAUGUGAGUCUGCUGCUGUGAAGGAGAUCCUGAAGGAGCAGCAGGGCCGCAAGGGCCUCAUCGCCGCCAUCUGCGCAGGUCCUACAGCUCUGUUGGCUCAUGAAAUAGGUUUUGGAAGCAAAGUUACAACACACCCACUGGCUAAAGACAAAAUGAUGAGUGGGAAUCAUUACAGCUACUCAGAGAAUCGCGUGGAGAAGGACGGCCUGAUCCUCACGAGCCGGGGGCCGGGGACCAGCUUCGAGUUCGCCCUGGCGAUUGUGGAGGCGCUGAGCGGCAAGGAGGUGGCCGAGCAGGUGAAGGCCCCGCUGGUGCUGAGAGACUAGCCCCGGCCCUGGGCGGGGUCAGGGGCCGCUGGUCCCCCUGCCUCCUUGUGUUUGUGCUGCUGUGUGGGGAAGCCGAGGCGCUGCCUCAGGAAAUGGGGCGCCAGGCCGCCUCAGAUCCCCCCCAUCUGUGUCCCCACAUUUCCGAACCUCGAUUGCAGAAUAAACAGACGUGUAGCAAACUACCA